GCGCCACCAGCCGUUGAGCACACUUACUAAACUGACAUAUAUGUCAACUGUCAACCGCAAAUUGUCAUUUUUUUCAUACUUUUUAGAUCUUGUGUAAAUAAAAAUGGCGAAAUUCCUAGGUCUCAACCGCCUGGCAAAACUUUUCCAAAUUAUCCAGCAAAACGGUGGUAUCCGUGCUACUUAUCUGAAACUUUACAGAAAUGAUGAAUUGAAACUUGGAACUCUAGUUGGUACCGAUAAAUAUGGUAACAAAUAUUUUGAGAAUCCUUAUUACUUCUAUGGCAGAAAUCGUUGGGUAGAAUUUGCUCCUCACGUUAACAUGGAAUACGAUGGUUCUCAAAUUCCUGCUGAUUGGUUUGGUUGGAUGCAUUACAAGACCGAUCUUCCUCCAAUUCGCGAUGGAAGCCGACCAAAACACAAGUGGAUGGCUGAUCAUUCUGAAAAUCUCUCAGGAACCAAAGCCCAAUACAUGCCAUACACUACAACUCGUCCAAAAGUUGAAGCUUGGGACCCCAAAAAACAAUAGGCAAUUUUAUUUGUUAUGCUGUGUUAAUAGUUUGGAGUAAAAUAUAGCGAUUUAAAGUCGAAAA